UUUUGCAGAGAAAAAGGUUACGGUGUCUGUUUGAGCUUCCUCUUGUCCAAGACUGGUUUCCUCUCUGCUGUCAGCAUGGCAACAUCACUUAGAACUCUGUGGUCCAGCUUCUUAAGGAUGCAUUCAGUAGCAACCUGUAAGCAGGCGCCGCUGCAGAGUGGAGCUGUGUAUCUUGCUUGCCAUAAAUCUACGUACGCAAUUCUCCCUGAAGAUUACAAUUGCAAAGUGGAACUUGCAGUGACAUCGGAUUUGAAGACAAUUGUCUGCUACCACCCUUCGCUUGAGAUUCCGUACGAGCAUACAAAACCCAUACCACGGCCAGAUCCAGUGGAUAAUAAAGGAGAAACCCUUGAUCAAGUUUUGAAAUCCAGAUUGAAUGAGAAAGAGCUAAAGAACAAAAGAGGUCCAACAAUUGAAGAGCUCAGCAAAAUGUUUUACACAACAAAACAUCGCUGGUACCCUGUGGGACAGUAUCAUAGAAGACGCAGGAAUCCUAAUCCUCCUAAAGACCGAUAAUGAAGAUAACCUCUUGUUCAUCAGCACUUUGCUAUUGAUCUACUGGAAAUAAAAAUUACAGAAAAUGAGAUGUUUGGC